AUGGGCAUGCACGACCGGAACAGGACGCUAUCCGCGACGCGGUGCACAUCCUCCUGCACCUCCCGCAUAGUGAGCGCGGCGUUGGUGUGGCACGCACGCAGCGCUGCCGCCGCCGCAGCGGCCUUCAGCUCGCAGCUCGGGCCGUUCCAGGGGCUCCUUGGAGGGCGCGACGCGACCGGCGGCGAGGGGCCACGGCGGGCGCGCAGGCCGGCGGCGGAGCGAGGCCACGGUGGAGGUGGCGAGGGGCCGCGGCGGGUGCGGGUCGGCGGUGGCGUUGGGCGGAGGCGGUGCAGAUUAGCGGCGAGGGGCCAUGGCGAGGCGCAGGCUGGUGGCAGCGCGGACGGCGUCAAGGGCCGCGGCGGGACGCAAGGAGGCGGCAGCGCAGGGCCUAGGCGGAGGCGGCUUGGACUGGCGGCGAGGGGCCGCGGCGAGGCGCAAGUCGGCGGUGUCGAAGCAGCGAUAGAAGUGAGGAAGCGGAUGUCAUGUGGGCUCCAAUAA